AGAGCGAGUGCCGGUGUGCGACAGGCGGCGGCAGCGCUGAGAAACACAAGUUUAUUUAACGGUGGUACGCGCAAGAGUAACAACGCUGAUCGUCCCGGCCAAGCGGCGAACGCAACCCUAACGCACGGCGGUGAAUUAGUGCAAAACGCGAGUUACACAAACGGCCAGACGUCGCAGACGCAGGCGACCAUAUUCCUCAGCCACAACAACAGCAGCCCGGCCGGUCAGCACUACAACAACGGCAACAGCCACAGCAGGAACCCGCCAAAUUCGCAGCCAAAUCAGCCAAACGCGUGUGUUUAUACGAGCAACAACAGCAACAGCAACAACCAUCCGGAGCAGAGCUUCAGCAACUUGAGUUUCUACGCCCAACAGCCAGCCGCACACUACGACGUUUGCCAUCAACAGACGAGCGACUACUACCAAGCCAGACAGGAGGGCCAGCAGGCGGAACAGUACGAGGAGAACUUCGACGAGGACAUGGAGGCCGAACGCGAUCUCGCCGAGGAUGCGCAGUGGAAGAAGAUCCAGCAGAACACCUUCACCCGGUGGGCCAACGAGCACCUGAAGACCAUCGACAGGUCGAUCAACAACCUGGAGACGGACCUGUCCGACGGCCUCCGGCUGAUCGCCCUCAUCGAGGUGCUGUCCCAGAAGCGUUUGCCCAAGUACAACAAGCGCCCAACAUUCCGCAGCCAGAAACUGGAAAACGUCUCGGUGGCCCUGAAAUUCCUCCAGGAUGAGGGUAUCAAAAUCGUUAACAUUGACUCCUCGGACAUUGUGGACUGCAAGCUGAAACUGAUACUGGGUCUGAUAUGGACACUGAUUCUGCACUACUCGAUAUCGAUGCCCAUGUGGGAUGGCGAGGACGACAAGCAGCUGAACGGCUCGGGACACACGCCCAAGCAGCGCCUGCUGAACUGGAUACACGCCAAGAUACCCGAUUUGCCCAUCAACAACUUCACCAACGACUGGACCACGGGCAAGGCGGUGGGCGCCCUUGUCGAUGCCUGUGCCCCGGGUCUCUGCCCCGACUGGGAGCUCUGGGAUCCCAAGGAUGCCGUGCAGAAUGCCUCCGAGGCCAUGGGCCUGGCCGAUGACUGGCUCAAUGUGCGCCAGCUGAUCAAGCCCGAGGAGCUGGUCAACCCCAAUGUGGACGAGCAGUCCAUGAUGACCUAUCUGUCGCAGUAUCCCAACUCCAAGCUCAAGACAGGAGCUCCCCUGAGGCCCAAGACGAACCCUAACAGCAUUCCUCCGCCGCGAGUGCGUGCUUAUGGUCCUGGCAUUGAACCAAUUGGUCCUGUGGUCGGAGCCCCAGCCAACUUUACUGUGGAAACCUUUUCCGCUGGCAAGGGUUCUGUGGAUGUGGACAUCCAGGGACCCAAUGGCGAGAUCGAGAAGGCUGAUGUGCGCUUCAACAAUGACAAGAACCUCACCUACACGGUUUCGUACAUACCCAAAGCCGAGGGUCUGCACAAGGUGGCCGUUAAGUUCUCCGGUCGCGACAUCCCCAAGUCGCCGUUCCCCGUAAAGGUGGAAGGACAUGCCGGCGACGCAUCCAAGGUCAAGGUUACGGGUCCCGGAAUCCAGCCCACCGGAGUUACCAUCAAGAAGCCCACCUUCUUUGACAUUCUUGCCAAGGAUGCGGGCCGUGGAGUGCCCGAGGUGAUCAUCAUCGAUCCGGCUAACCACAAGACUUCGGUGGCGGCCAAGGUGCGUCAGUUGGAGAACGAUACUUGGCGGUGCGAGUACGUCACCGCCAUGCAAGGUCUGCAUUCGGUGAAUGUCUUCUAUGCCGGCACUCCGAUCCCCAACAGUCCGUUCCCCGUGAAGGUGGCUCCGCUCUCGGAUGCGCGAAAGGUGCGCGCCUCCGGCCGUGGACUCCAGGCCACGGGUGUUCGUGUCGGCGACGAUGCCGACUUCAAGAUCCACACCGAGGGAGCCGGCGAGGGUGAACCAGAGGUGCGCGUCAUUGGUCCGGGUGGCAUGAACCAGAACGUCAUGCAGUCAAAGGUGGAUGGCAAUACGUACGAGUGCCACUACUAUCCCACCAAGGAGGGUCGCUACGUCAUCAUGGUGACCUUUGCGGGCCAGGAAGUGCCCAAAUCUCCGUUCGAGGUGAAGGUGGGACCCAAGAAGGAGUCCUCGAUUGUGGCCUACGGGCCCGGAUUAAGCAGCGGCGUCAUCGGCUACCCGGCUGCCUUUGUGGUGGAGACCAAUGGCGAGACAGGUGCCCUCGGGUUCACUGUGGCCGGACCCUCGCAGGCCGAGAUCGAGUGCCACGACAAUGGCGAUGGCUCCGCACUGGUCAAGUAUCAUCCAACUGCUGUGGGAGAGUACGCAGUGCACAUUCUGUGCGACAACGAGGACAUCCCCAAGUCGCCGUUCAUCGCCCAGAUCCUGCCGCGCACUGAUUUCCAUCCCGAGCUGGUCAAGGCCAGUGGACCGGGAUUGGAGAAGAACGGUGUGACCAUCAACCAGCCGACCAGCUUUACUGUGGACCCCAGCAAGGCAGGCAAUGCCCCGCUGGACGUUGUCGUUCAGGAUGUGUACGGCACAAAGUUGCCCGUGGAGCUGAAGACCAAGGAUGGCAUCACGAAGGCCACCUACACGCCUACCUCCGGAGUCCCGCACACCGUUGAAGUGAACUAUGGCGGCGUAUCCACGCCCAACUCACCGCACCGCGUUUACGUCGGAGUUCCUGUAGAUGCUGCCAAGGUGCAGGCCUUUGGACCCUGGUUGCAGCCCGGAGUGCGCCCCAACGUGGCCACCCACUUCAAUGUGGAUGCCCGUGAGGCUGGCGAUGCCGAACUGAAGGUAAAGGUCGUCCACGAGGAGACCAAGAUUGAAGUGCCCUGCCGCAUCAUCGACAACGAGGACAACACCUACUCGGUGGAAGUGAUUCCUCCCUCCAAGGGUGCCUACACCACCACAAUGACCUACGGAGGCCAGCGUGUUCCCCUGGGACAGAAGGUCGUCGUGGAGCAGACGGUGGAUGUGUCCAAGAUCAAGGUGGACGGACUCGAACCCACCGCGCCCCUAAACAGUUUGCAGCAGUUCCGGAUCAUCACACACGGCCUGCCCAAGGCAGAUUUGGCCGUAACCAUCACCAGUCCGUCGGGCAAUCGUGUGAAGGCCCACAUCAUACCCACGGCAGAGGGUUUCCUGGUUAACUUCACGCCCACCCAGCUGGGCGAGUAUCUGUUGAGCAUCUGCUUUGGUGGCACCCCUAUAACACCACGACCCUUCCGGCUGCAGUGCCUCACAGGCAGUGAUUCCAAUAAGGUGCAAGCUUUUGGCCCCGGCUUGGAGCGUGGUAUUGUUGGUCAGCCGGCGGAGUUUAUGAUCGAUACCCGGGGCGCCGGACAGGGCGGAUUGGGAGUGACGGUGGAGGGCCCUUGCGAGGCGGCCAUCAAUUGCCGGGAUAACGGAGAUGGCACCUGCAACGUGGCUUACUUGCCCACGGAGGCGGGCGACUAUACCGUCAACAUAACGUUCAACGAGCGGCACAUUAAUGGCUCACCCUUCCAGCCACUUAUCGUUCCGGUGCCGAAUCUCAAGAAUACCCGCGUCAGUGGCAUAGGGAUACAGCCGCAUGGUGUCAUUAUGAAUGCGGCCACAGACUUCAUGGUGGACAUGAGCAAGGUGGGCAGCAACAUUGACUCCGGCAAGCUGUCCUGCGCCAUCUUCGACCCCAUGGGUCAUGUGCUGCCCAGCAAGAUUGUGCAGGGCCCAACCGAUGACAUCUUCCGCAUCAUGUACACUCCCUUCGAGGCUGGCCGCCAUACCAUCGAGCUGAUGUACGACAACAUCCCGGUGCCGGGAUCUCCGUUUGUGGUGAACGUGAAGAGUGGCUGCGAUCCGGCACGCUGCAAGGCCUACGGACCUGGUCUGGAGAAGGGUCUGACCAAUCAGAAGAACAAGUUCACGGUGGAGACCAAGGGGGCCGGCAAUGGUGGCCUUUCGCUGGCCAUUGAAGGUCCUUCCGAGGCGAAGAUGACCUGCACGGACAACCGCGAUGGCAGCUGCGAUGUGGACUACUUGGCCACCGAUCCGGGAGAGUAUGACAUUACCAUUCGAUUCGCGGACAAGCACAUACCCGGCUCUCCGUUCCGCGUGCUCGUCGAGGAGACUGUGGAUCCUAGCAAGGUUAAGGUGUACGGCCCGGGCAUCGAGCACGGCCAGGUGCGCGAGAGUGUGCCCACCUUCUUCAACGUGGAUGUGGGCGAGGCUGGUCCUGGCCGCAUCGCCGUGAAGCUGACCAACUCAGAGGGCAUACCCGUGGACAACCUGCGCGUGGAAGACAAGGGCAAUUGCAUUUACGCGGUGCACUAUGUGCCGCCCAAGGCCGGAUCCGUGCUCACCUGCCAGGUGAAGUUCUCCGAGGUGGAGGUGCCAUGCAGUCCAUUUGUGAUGACCGUGUUCCCCAAGUCUGAGCCCACCAAGGUGAAGGUGAAGGGAGUCAACGAGAAGAAGAAAACGCCCGCUUCCCUGCCAGCCGAGUUUGAGAUCGAUACGAAACAGGCCGGCCAGGCAGACAUCAAUGUGGCCAUCAAGAACCCCAAGGGCAAGCCGAUGCAGCCGCGCCUGGAGGAGGUGUCCACAGGCACGUAUGUGGUGUCCUUCGUGCCGGACGAGUGUGGAACCUAUCAGUGCAGCAUCAAAUACGGUGACAAGGAGAUCGAGGGCUCGCCCUUCAAACUCGAAGCAUUCCCCACUGGCGAGGCCAAAAAGUGCAAGCUGGUGGAGCAGGCGCCAAAGAUCCAGUCGUCGGGCAGUCAGUCGCACCUGAAGGUGGAUGCCCGUGAGGCGGGAGAUGGAGCGGUGACCUGCAAGAUCACCAACAAGGCGGGCAGCGAAAUUGUGGACAUUGAUGUGAUCGAGAAGGAUGGCUUCUUCGACAUUCUGUACGCGCUGAACGACCCCGGGGACUAUGACAUCAACGUGAAGUUCGGUGGCAAGGACAUCCCGAACGGCAGCUUCUCCAUCAAGGCUGUCGAAAGUAUCGAACAAUACUCGCAUAGUGAAUACAUCGAGGAGCACACGACCAAAGUGGUGCAGCAAACAACGCAGAGCGAGCUCGUCAACGGAAAAUCGGAGAUCACGUAUCGCAGUGUAGCAUUUGAGAAACUACCUCUACCCACAACAGGCGGCAACGUUACAGCUGAAGUCAGAAUGCCGAGCGGUAAAGUAGACAAACCCGUGAUCCAGGACAACCGUGAUGGUACCGUCUCGGUGAAGUACGAUCCCCGCGAGGAGGGAUCCCACGAGCUGGUGGUCAAAUACAACGGAGAGCCCGUGCAAGGAUCUCCCUUCAAAUUCCACGUUGACUCCAUCACCUCCGGCUAUGUGACGGCCUAUGGUCCUGGUUUGACUCACGGAGUCACCGGUGAGCCGGCCAACUUCACUAUCUCCACCAAGGGAGCCAGCGCCGGUGGCCUGACCAUGGCCGUCGAAGGACCCAGCAAGGCUGACAUCAACUACCACGACAACAAAGACGGCACCGUGUCCGUGCAAUACCUGCCCACUGCCCCUGGCGAGUACCAGGUGUCCGUUCGCUUCGGCGACAAGCACAUCAAGGGAUCGCCGUACUUUGCCAAGAUCACCGGCGAGGGACGCAAGCGCAACCAGAUCUCGGUGGGCUCCUGCUCCGAGGUCACCAUGCCCGGCGACAUCACCGACGAUGAUCUGCGCGCUCUGAAUGCCUCCAUCCAGGCGCCUAGCGGCCUGGAGGAGCCCUGCUUCCUGAAGCGCAUGCCCACGGGCAACAUUGGCAUCUCGUUCACGCCCCGCGAGAUCGGCGAGCACCUGGUGUCGGUGAAGCGUCUGGGCAAGCACAUCAACAACUCGCCCUUCAAGGUGACCGUGUGCGAGCGCGAGGUGGGCGACGCCAAGAAGGUCAAGGUUUCCGGAUCUGGCCUCAAGGAGGGUCAGACGCAUGCCGACAACAUCUUCUCCGUGGACACGCGCAAUGCCGGUUUUGGUGGUCUUUCGGUCUCCAUCGAGGGUCCCAGCAAGGCGGAGAUCCAGUGCACCGACAAGGACGACGGCACCCUCAACAUCUCGUACAAGCCCACCGAGCCGGGCUACUACAUUGUGAACUUGAAGUUCGCCGAUCACCACGUGGAGGGAUCCCCCUUCACCGUCAAGGUGGCCGGCGAAGGCAGCAACCGCAAGCGCGAGAAGAUCCAGCGCGAGCGCGAUGCUGUCCCCAUCACGGAGAUUGGCAGCCAGUGCAAGCUGACGUUCAAGAUGCCCGGCAUCACCUCAUUCGAUCUGGCCGCCUGCGUCACCUCGCCCAGCAACGUGACCGAGGAUGCGGAGAUCCAGGAGGUGGAGGACGGCCUCUACGCCGUGCACUUUGUGCCCAAGGAGUUGGGCGUGCACACGGUGUCGGUGCGGUACUCCGAGAUGCACAUACCCGGCUCGCCGUUCCAGUUCACCGUGGGUCCCCUGCGCGAUUCCGGCAGCCAUCUGGUCAAGGCCGGAGGCUCUGGACUGGAGCGCGGUGUCGUCGGAGAGGCGGCUGAGUUUAAUGUCUGGACCCGCGAGGCGGGCGGCGGUUCCCUGGCCAUUUCCGUGGAGGGUCCCAGCAAGGCUGACAUCGAGUUCAAGGACCGCAAGGACGGCAGCUGCGAUGUGUCCUACAAGGUCACCGAACCGGGAGAGUACCGCGUGGGUCUGAAGUUCAACGAUCGCCACAUACCCGACUCGCCCUUCAAGGUGUACGUGUCGCCGGAUGCCGGUGAUGCCCACAAGCUGGAGGUUCAGCAGUUCCCGCAGGGCAACAUCCAGGCCGAUGCCCCGUACCAGUUCAUGGUGCGCAAGAACGGCGCCAAGGGUGAGCUGGACGCCAAGAUCGUGGCUCCCUCGGGAACGGACGAUGAUUGCUUCAUCCAGGUGAUCGACGGCGAGAUGUAUUCGGUGCGUUUCUAUCCGCGCGAGAAUGGAAUCCAUGCCAUCCACGUCAAGUUCAACGGCGUCCACAUACCCGACUCGCCGUUCAGAAUCAAGGUGGGCAAGGAUGUGGCCGAUCCGGCUGCUGUGCACGCCAGCGGCAACGGCCUGGACGAGGUGAAGACUGGACACAAGGCCGACUUCAUCAUCAACACCUGCAACGCCGGCGUUGGCACACUGGCCGUCUCCAUUGACGGUCCCUCCAAGGUGGCCAUGGACUGCACAGAGGUGGAGGAGGGCUACAAGGUGCGCUACACUCCCCUGCUGCCCGGCGAGCACUACAUCACGGUGAAGUACAACAACAUGCACAUCGUGGGCUCGCCGUUCAAGGUGAACGCCACCGGCGACAAGUUGGCCGAUGAGGGCGCCCAGGAGACGUCGACGGUGAUCGUGGAGACGGUCCAGAAGGUGGCCAAGGGCGGCAAGAACACGGGCGUCCAUCUGCCCAACUUCAAGUCGGAUGCCACCAAGGUGGUGUCCAAGGGCAUGGGUCUGAAGAAGGCCUACAUUGGCAAGCAGAACCAGUUCAGCAUCAGUGCCACCGAUGCGGGCAACAACAUCCUGUACGUGGGCAUGUACGGACCAAAGGGACCCUGCGAGGAGUUCCACGUGAAGCACGCUGGCCACAACAACUACAAUGUGCAGUAUCUGGUGCGCGACCGCGGCCAGUACGUGCUCCUAAUCAAGUGGGGCGAGGAGCAUAUACCCGGCUCCCCAUUCCAGAUCGAUGUGUAGGGCGCUAUAUAGCCGGCCAGGCAUAUGUGUACGUGUAGAUAUAUGCUUCGCAUGUGUAUGUGUGUGAGGGCGCGCAUGUUCCAGGGUCAAAAGUCGUGUGUUUCUUGUUUUCAUCAUAACGCUCUUUGUUUAAUUUUAAUUUCUUGGUUUAUCAACAUAUUUUUAGGUAAGUUUUUGUUAUUUGUAAAUACAUGGAAGGAAUAGGCUUCUGUUUUUUUGCGACGCGCCAUUUUCACUCUUUAAAUUGAUCUUACGUUUUUAUUUGUUUUCUUGUGAAUACAUAAAAUUAACAAUAGCCGAUAUGAAUUUUGAUAAACUUAAUGGAAACGAACUAAAACACAGCUGCGACACACAAAAAUUACUAUUGCAAUGCGAAUAAAUCUCUUAAACAAUUAUUUAAUACUUAAGCGAAAAUUUAUGAUGAUUAUGACGUAUUAUGUUUUCUAUUAUCACUAUCGAUCAUGUAAUUUACGUGAAAUAAAUCAAAACUUAAAAAAUAAA